GGAACUAUGUCCGAGGGAGUGGACCUGAUCGACAUCUACGCCGACGAGGAGUUCAACCAGGACUCCGAGUUCAGUAAUGCUGACCAGAUGGACCUGUACGACGACGUGCUCGCAGCCAGCUCGCAGCCCCCCGAAAGCCGCACCAGCAGCUCGGAGCCACCCCCCGAGAUCCGCCAGGAGCCGUCCCCCAAGCCCAACAACAAAUCCCCUGCCAUCCUGUACACCUACAGCGGGCUGCGCAACAAGAGAGCCGCCGUCUACGUGGGCAGCUUCUCCUGGUGGACGACGGACCAGCAGCUGAUCCAGACCAUCCGCUCGGUCGGCGUCUACGACGUGGUGGAGCUGAAGUUCGCAGAGAACCGGGCCAAUGGCCAGUCGAAAGGGUACGCGGAGGUGGUGGUCGCCUCUGAGAACUCGGUCCACAAGCUGCUGGAGCUCCUGCCCGGCAAAAUCCUCAACGGGGACAAGGUGGAGGUGAGGCUGGCCACCCGGCAGAACCUGUCACAGUUCGAGGCGCAGGCUCGCAAAACCUCACGGCCCUUUCCCGUGCCACUUGCAGGUGUGCCGCCGCGGGCCCACUCCCGGGACUCCAUGGACUCCGUGGAUGGCCGCGCCACGCCGACAGAGAACGCGCUGCCGCCCGCCCGCGUGGAGAAGCCCCCCUCCAUCCUGCCCUUCUUCAACCGCCCCCCCGCCGCCCUGCCCCUCAUGGGGCUGCCCCCGCCGCCCAUGCCGCCCCCGCCACCCCUCUCCUCCGGCUUCGGCGUCCCCCCGCCGCCACCCGGCAUCCACUACCAGCACCUCAUGCCCCCGCCGCCCCGACUGCCCCCCCACCUGGCCGUGCCGCCCCCGGGGGCUGUCCCGCCAGCCCUGCACCUCAACCCGGCCUUCUUCCCCCCGCCCAGCACGGCCCUGGGUCCCCCGCCAGACACCUACGGCAAGGCCAUGGCCCCCUACAACCACAGCAGCCGGGAGCUGGGCCCGCCGCCACCCGCCGUGAGCGAGGUGGAGUUCGAGGAGAUCAUGAACAGGAACCGGGCCAUCUCCAGCAGCGCCAUUUCCAAGGCGGUGUCGGGCGCCAGCGCAGGCGACUACAGCGACGCCAUCGAGACCCUCCUCACGGCCAUCGCCGUCAUCAAGCAGUCCCGCGUCGCCAACGACGAGCGGUGCCGCGUCCUCCUCUCCUCCCUCAAAGACUGCCUGCAUGGGAUCGAAGCCAAGUCCUACAGCACAGGCGCCAGCAGCAGCUCCUCCAGGAAACGACACCGGUCUCGGGAGCGCUCUCCCAGCCGGUCCCGCGAGAGCAGCCGGCGGCACCGGGACCUGCUGCACAGCGAGGACCGGCACGAGGACUAUUUCCAGGAGCGGAACCGGGAGCACGAGCGGCAUCGGGACAGGGACAGAGAGAGGGACCGGCACCACUGAGACAGGAGUUCGGCAGUAAGUGGUUUUUAAUGGACUCGUAUCUCCUCACCUCGACCAGGACUGUGCCACCGAGGCCGCUCCACCCCCUGCCCCCUGCCCGCCGCCCCCGGCUCUCUCCGGGCACCCGAGGAAGGGCCGCGCUG